CUGGAUAUUGCAGACACUGGAAGACCUGAAUGUUAGAAGAUCAGCACACUGGAGACGUUGGAAGACACGGAUAUUGAGCCAGUUGAUGGAAGACUGGGUAGUUGUUGGAAGACAUGAAGAUGCUGGAAGACACAGAGAUGCUGGAAGACGGGGAGAUGUUGGAAGACGAGCUGAUGCUGGAAGCCCUGGAGAUGCUGGAAGACCUGGAGAUACAGGAAGACAUGGAUUUGUUGGAAGACGUAGCUUAGUUGGAAGACAUAUAGUUUCCGGAAGAUGUGGAUUUUCUGGAAGACAUGGCUUGGUUGGAAGACAUGGAUUUUCUGGAAGACGUACCUUUGUUGGAAGACGUACCUUUCUUGGAAGACGUACCUUUGUUGGAAGACGUACCUUUGUUGGAAGACGUACCUUUCUUGGAAGACGUACCUUUGUUGGAAGACACAGGUAGGCUGGAAGACAUUAAUUUGAUGGAAGACAUGGCUUUGUUGGAAGACGUGGAUUUGCUGGAAGACACAGAUUUCCUGGAAGACCUGGAUUUUUCGGAAGCUAUGGAUUUGAGGGAAGACAAGGAUUUUCUGGAAGACGUGGAUAGUCUGGAAGACAUGGCUUUGUUGGAAGACGUGGAUUUGCUGGAAGACACAGAUUUCCCGGAAGACGUGGAUUUUUUGGAAGCUAUGGAUUUGAGGGAAGACAAGGAUUUUCUGGAAGACAUGGAUAGUCUGGAAGACCUGGAGGCCAUUGGAAGACGUGGAUUUUCUGGAAGACAUGGCUUUUUUGGAAUUAGAUUUUCAGGAAGACCCGAAUUAUCCGGAAGACCUGGAUUGUUGGGAAGACGCGGAUUUUCUGGAAGACUGGGAGGUUACGGAAGACUGGGAGGUUACUGGAAGACAUGGAUUUUCUGGAAGACAUGGAUUUUCAGGAAGACGUGGAUCUUCAGGAAGACAUAUAUUGGCUGGAAGACCUGGAUUUUUUCCGGAAGACGUGGAUUGACUGGAAGACCUGGAUUUGGUGGAAGACAUAGAUUUUUCUGGAAGACGCUGACUGACUGGAAGACCUGGAUUUCUUUCCGGAAGACACUGAUUGACUGGAAGAUCUAGAUUUUUCUGGAAGAACUAGAUUUACUGGAAGACUUGGAUUUGGUGGAAGACGUAGACUUUUCUGGAAGACAUGGAUUAGCUGGAAGAUCUGUAUUUGAUGGAAGACCUUGAAAUUAUUGGAAGACACGUAUUUUCUGGAAGACGUGGAUUUUCCUGGAAGAUCUGGAUUUGGUGGAAGACCUAUAAUUGCUGGAAGACUGGAUUUACUGGAAGACUUGGAGCUUCUUGGAAGACGUGGAUUGUCCGGAAGACAUGGAUUGUCUGGAAGAUGUUGAUUUUCUGGAAGCUCAGGAUUAUCUGGAAGACCUUGAGAUUGUUGGAAGACUUGAAGUCGCUGGAAGACCCGGAGUUGUUGGAAGACCUUGACACUGGCGCCAUUGGAAACCCUGGACAUUGGAAACAUUGUAAGCACAGGAUAUUGGAGACAUUGCAAGCCUUGGAUUCUGAAGACAUUGGUUACACUGGACAUUGACGAUUCUGGAGGCCCUGAACAUUGGGAUAUUGAAUAUUGGAAGUCAUAGACAGUGAAAUCUCUGGAAAUUAGAGAUAUUGUAAGUCCUGUACCUUGGAACUCCUAAAUACUGGCAGAUAUGAACAACAGCAAGAUAUAGACAUUUAUAAAUCCUAAAAUGAGAAGCCCUGGAUUUUGGGAGACAUUGGUAAGCAUGGAUACUGACAUAUUUAUGUCAAAAGACAGUUUGGAAGAAUUAAAUUUUAAAGAUGCUGGACGUCAAGAAUACUGGCAGUCUGGACAAUAUGAGACCAGGAUAUUGAGAGGUCUAUUCAUUCAGACAUUGAGGAUAUUGAUGUACCUGAAAAUUGUAAGACCUAGUUCUUGCAGGUAUUAAAAGACUUGGGCAUUGGAGGAAUUGGCAAUAAAAAUACACUGUAAAACUAGAAUGUAGGAGACAUUUAAAAAUGUAAAAACUGUGUGAUGUAAGUGCUGGAAGACAUUGAAGAAUCUAGACUUAACACUAUGAGAUACAUAGCCUCUAGAACACCUGUAUAUAGGAGACAUUGGAGGAUUAGGACCAUGGAAGACUUGUAAUUUAGAACUCUGGAUCCUGAAAGACAAGACCUGGACUUUGAAGAUGGGUUGUUGGAGAUAUUAGUAAGACCUAAAUUUUUAAUAACUUGAAUACUGGGAAGUUUAGAAAACAAGGGCAUUGGAGAUGCUGCAGGACAGGGACUGGAAUGCAUGGAUGUUAUAAUAUUGGGAAGAUCUGGCAAUUAAAGAUGUUGGAAGCUUUGGAGCUUAGAAGACUUGAGUUAGAGAAACUGAAGAACAGAAAGGCCUAAUCUUAAUAGUAUUGGAAAGUCAUGCUGAAAGAUAGUAGCAAUAUUCAAAGAGUUGUGUAUUAGGGCCUAGAUAUUAAAUUAAAAGACAUCAUGAGACUACUCUUGUAGUCUUUAAUACUAUUGCAUCUCUUCUGCUAAAAAGCAGAACACAAGGAAAUAGUAUUCUAGGAAGGUGAGAAAGAGAAGGCAGGGAAAUUCAAGAAAAAGCAAAUAGUUUGAAUGGGUUGGAAGCUAUUUUCAUAGUCUCGAUGAACUGGCCUUAUUAGUUAACAAGAUGGGAAUGGGAAAUUAUCAAAGAAUAAGCAGUAUCUAGGUUGAGAGAACUGCUUGGCUUUAGAUCAGGGAUCAACAAACAUUUUCUGUAAAGGUUCAGAAGUAAAUAUUUAAGGUUUUACAGGUUACAUUGUCUCUGUUGCAACUACUCAACUCUCCCAUUGUAGUGCAGUCACGGACAGUAAGUAAAUGAAUGGGGAUGGCUGUGCUGCAAUAAAACUUUACUUAAAAAAAAAUGGUUGGGCUGCAUUUGGCCCAAGGGCCUUAAUUUGCUAUGCCCUGCUCUAACGCCAAAUCAAGGAUAUGGUAAAGUUAAGUACAUUCCAGCCUAGCAUUCACAUAUGAGAACAAGCAGAGAACAAGAGAACUUGUUCUCACAUGGAGAACAAGCAGAGAAAAUUGAAGCCGAAUGGUAAAUAACAAUAUCAUAUGCUGUAAUGAUAGGAGAUGAAACUGGCAAGAACCUAAGAAUUUAGAUUUCUAGGUAAUUGUUUGGACAAUUGCCCAAACAGGGAGCCUUGUAUUUAGAGCCAAAAUUAAAUGGGUUGCAUUCAGGGGCCCAACCAACAGGGCUGAGGAUCGAUGAGGAUGUCCUGAUUUAAUUAAAUAAGCUGGAAGCUUAAGUAAAUUAGAGAAGAAACCUACCCCUACAGACUGGACAUCUAUGGAGGGGAACAGGAAAAAGAUUAUAGCUUGGUAGACUCUUCCCAGGCACCCUGGCUUCAGGUAAUAUAUGUAAUUUCUUAAGUAACAAAGAGCUUAAGUGACAAGCUUAAGGGAUCAGACUUGAGCUGUGGGCUGAAGGCCCUUAGUACUUAGAUAAGGCUGAGGAGUCAGGAACUAUCACAUAUAUUACAUGAAAGAGAACACUGGCAUACAAAACUGGGAAAGUACACUGGAACUAGGCCAUGCAUGAUUUAAAGACCAAGUAGUGGAAUAUAUAGACAAUGGGUGGUCAUUAGACGUCUAUGAACAAGGAGGUAUUGGAAUCAGAACUGUACAUAAGGAAAGUCAGUUGAGCAGCAAGGUGCUGAAUAGCAAAGACUACUAGAUAUAUAUAGUAGAACACCUAAUACUCCAAGCUAAAACACUUAAAGGGUUGGGAUGUGAGGCUAAUACAGUUAUGUAGGUAAGUGGUAGUGGGGGCUAGAAUUAAGGCAGUGACAUUUCUGUCACUCAGCAGACACAGCAUCAGUUAUAAUGAAUACUUAGCAUUCUGAAUAACACUAUUUUAAACUUCUUGAAUGCCAUCAUAGAAUACAUGAAAUUCAAAGAAGUUCAGAAGCCAGCUGUGAGGAAUUUUCCUAGCCUAGUAAGAUUACAUAGACCUACACAAAUUCUCUCAAAAGGCAGCUGAGCUAAUACCUUGGUGGUCAAGCAAAAACAGGUCCUAUUUAGCUUUAUCUUUACCCCUAUAUCACAGCUACCUAAUUUUCUUUAAAGUGGAAACAAGUGGAUGGAUUAUUUUCUAGAGAAUAAGAACAUAUCCAUGUCCAAAACUGAGAUUACCUCUAGUCACUACACAAAUAAAUGUUAUGCAAUGAUAACCAUAUUAUAGCAUGAAGAAUCACUGCAAAUCAGGGAGUAACUUACAGGCAAGCAAAUUAUUGUUUCAUGUAUCCCUCAUCAGCAAACAAAAAGAAAUACUAAAACUCAUUUUUAAACUUCCUUCUCUCAUCUUAAAACCAUCAUGCAUACCUUAAUUUGAGGGAAAUUAAGUAUCAAAAUGUGAAAAUUUUGCAAAGAUAGGCACGAACUCUCAUAUUCUGGUUGCACAAUGCUUAUUCAUAUAAUAAUAAUAACAAUUUAUUGAGCGCUUACUAUGUGCCAGGCACUGUACUAAGGAUUUCAUAUAAUCUUAUAGCAAUCCUACAAUGCAGGUAUUUUUGACCCCAUUUUACAGAUCAGAAACUGAAGUCUGGAAUGGUUAAGAAAUAAGCCCACAGUCACACAGCUGGUAAUUGGUAGGGGCAGGAUUUGAAAGCAGAUCCGUGUGAUUACAAAACCUUGGCUCCAUGCUGAUUCUCCACAACCCCAAUAACCCAGGGGUGGUACUGCCAGGACUAAGUGCCACUCACCCAAAAAGAGGGUGCCCCCAGUCCAGAGCAGACAGGAAGCCAAGAAGUCACUGGCAGAGCUCUCCCUUUAAGUUCCAUUUUCUUAUCAUUGUGAUACUCACCAUACCACUGCCAAGUAGUCAAGAACCAAUUCUAGGUGUUUGCAAAGAUGAAUGAAUUAUAUCUUUAGCUUUAUGUAGGAAUGCAAGAAAGAUGAAGUGCAAUGUCUCAAACACAAUAGAUUCAUACUUAAUUUCUCAGUAUUUGUUAUUUAUGCUAAUGAUACUUAUUCUUUCAUCUAUUUUCUAUUUGAUUGUAUAGUUCCCAGUAAUAUAUACACUCUGUUCAUAGUACAUCAUAUUUCUGAAUUCUUAGCAACCAUAACACACUGACAUCAAAGGCCAUUAAAAGGUAGUAACACUAUGUAAAGUUCAGUGAUCAAUGCAUUUCACAUCGUAAACAUUGUUCACGCAAGCUUUUAGACUAUAUAUACUGUCAAAACCCUUUAUUAGCAUUCAGGUGGUAGAAGCUAUGUAAUCCAAAUGUGUAAUUUAAAGAGCUUUCUCUGCAUUUUGAACUUAAAAGAUUUUCAACAAAAAGUUCUUUUUAAAUGUAAUACAGGUUUCCUAACAUAUUCGUCCCAUUUCAUCAGCCUGGGCUGCCCUUUCUCCCCACCCCUCUCUCUCUCUCUUUUUUUUUUUCUUUUUGCCACAAUGGUUAAACAUGUCUGUAAAGAAGGGAAUUUCCAUGCACUUUGUAAUACUGAGCUCAAGAAUUUACCCAAACCAUUUGACAACAGAUUCUCUCCACUCAAACUGUGCAUAAAACAUACUAAAAGAAACUGCAGCUUUUAUAUUUGGGGGACUAUUCUUAAACAAGAAAAAAAACUCAUUUACAUGGCAGUGUUGUCAUUAACUUCUAUUUCUACCUUUAGCCUAUACCAAACUUUCUCAUCCUCCUACAAGUUUUGCUGACUUGUUGAACUUAACCACGGUAAAAUGUUCUUUGACUCUCAUCAGUGAUACUUCUUAGGUUGUUUUAACUGGAUAUUGUCUUAAACAAUACUUUGAUUUAUCCCAAUAUUUUAUUUCAAAUAACCUGGGCCCUAGAUAAAUGUUUCCAUACAUCAAGCCAAAGUCAAAGUAUUCCCAUGACAACUAAAAUCAUAUAAUAGUCAAUUUCUCAUUUUAUUAUUUAUAUUAAGAGUUCCCAGUUGAUGCAAUUCAGUUUAACCUUUUAUUUCUCUAAUUUUGGUCAAAUUAAAUGGAAAAAUUGCCAAGGUAGUAAUCUCAAUAAAUGGUAAAAUUAUCAAAACAGCUUUUUUUUUUCCUUUUUUUUAGAUGGAGUCUCACUCUGUCGCCAGGCUGGAGUGCAGUGGCGCGA